AUGUCCUUGUGGGUAGACAAAUAUCGUCCAAAAACACUUAAAACUUUAUCACAUACAGAAUCGCUAACCAAUGUAUUGAAGUCUCUUUCGCAUCAACCAAAGGAUUUGCCACAUUUACUAAUGUAUGGUCCCAAUGGUAGUGGAAGAAAGACCAGAUGUAUGGCCCUAUUAGAAUCCAUCUUUGGGUCAGGUAUAUAUAGAUUGAAAAUUGACAUAAGACAAUUCGUCACAGCAUCAAAUAAGAAACUGGAAUUGAAUGUGGUAAGUUCACCAUACCAUUUAGAAAUUACACCAAGUGAUAUGGGGAAUAAUGAUAGAAUCGUAAUUCAAGAAUUAUUAAAAGAAGUGGCACAAAUGGAACAAGUGGAUUUCCAAGAUUCAAAUGAUGGAUUAGCUCAUAGAUAUAAAUGUGUCAUUAUUAAUGAUGCAAAUUCUUUAACUAGAGAUGCUCAAGCUGCAUUGAGACGUACUAUGGAAAAAUACUCGAGAAAUAUUAGAUUGAUUAUGUUGUGUGAUUCAAUGUCAUCCAUAAUUUCUCCAAUUAGAUCUCGUUGUUUGAUGAUUCGUGUUCCUGCUCCACUUAAUGGUGAAAUUGUCAAUAUCUUAAAUGAAGUGGCAUCAAAGGAAAAUGUAAAGAUAGAAAAUGGUUCUAUACUGAAUCAUAUUGCCAAAGAGUCAAAUGCAAAUUUAAGAGUUGCAUUAUUGAUGUUAGAAUCAAUGUCUUUGAAUAAUGAAUUAAAUUUGAAAGUGAAUACUCCAAUUAUAAGACCAGAUUGGAUGGUUGUCAUAUUGAAAUUAGGGAAUAAAAUACAAAAGGACAAAUCUGUUGGAUGUUUAAUUGAAUGUCGUGCUAUCUUAUAUGAUCUUUUAGCACAUUGUAUCCCUGCAAAGACUAUAUUACAAGAACUAACAUUUGCACUAAUAAAAAAUCCAAACAUUGUUAAAGACAAGUACAAAAUAGGUAUUAUAGAGUCAUCAAGUUUGUUCGAUGAAAGGUUAUCUCUUGGUAAUAAGGCAAUUUUCCAUUUAGAGGGAUUUAUUGCAAGAGUCAUGUGUAUAUUAGAUGGAUCAACAUGA